UCUCCCUCUCCCACGCACGCACGCAGAGAGAUAAAUCACAAUCGACCUUAACCUAACCUCCACAAUCUCCUGUCAUACGACACACCAUCCCAAAACCCAGAAAAGAAUUAUCGGGGAAAAUCUUUCCAUCACUUUCUAGACAUCCAGACAAAAAAGAAAAAAUCUCGAAUAGGUAGAUAGAUAGAUGUCAACUUCGGGACAGCCACAAUUCCGAUACACACAAACACCAUCAAAGGUUUUGCAUCUGCGAAACCUUCCAUGGGAGUGCACAGAAGAAGAGCUAAUCGAACUCUGUAAACCUUUCGGAAGGAUCGUAAAUACUAAGUGCAAUGUGGGCGCCAAUCGGAAUCAAGCCUUUGUCGAAUUCGUAGACCAAAAUCAGGCAAUACAAAUGGUAUCGUAUUAUGCGUCGUCGUCGGACCCAGCGCAGGUUCGGGGUAAAACGGUGUAUAUUCAAUAUUCGAAUAGGCAUGAAAUUGUGAACAAUAAGAGUCCAGGUGAUAAUCCUGGAAAUGUAUUGUUGGUUACCAUCGAGGGUGUUGAAGCUGGUGAUGUCAGCAUCGAUGUCAUUCACUUGGUGUUUUCUGCUUUUGGCUACGUGCACAAAAUUGCUACUUUCGAAAAGGCUGCUGGUUUCCAGGCAUUAAUUCAAUUCACUGAUUCUGAAACUGCAUCUUCAGCAAGAAAUGCCUUGGAUGGGAGAAGCAUACCCAGGUACUUGCUUCCAGAGCAUGUUGGUUCCUGCCACUUACGCAUUUCGUAUUCUGCGCAUACCGAUCUCAAUAUCAAGUUCCAGUCCCAUAGGAGCAGAGACUAUACAAAUCCAUAUCUCCCUGUGAAUCCUACUGCAAUCGAGGGACCUGUUCAGCCUACUGUUGGCGCUGAUGGAAAGAAGAAAGAACCUGAGAGCAAUGUGCUUCUUGCAUCAAUUGAGAAUAUGCAGUAUGCCGUCACCAUCGAUGUUCUUCACACUGUAUUCUCUGCAUUUGGUACUGUCCAGAAGAUUGCUAUAUUCGAGAAAAAUGGUGGAACACAGGCGCUAAUUCAGUACCCAGAUGUUGCGAUUGCAGCAGUAGCCAAAGAAACUCUGGAGGGACACUGCAUUUAUGAUGGUGGCUAUUGUAAGCUUCAUCUAUCAUACUCUCGUCAUACUGAUCUCAAUGUAAAGGCCUAUAGUGAUAAAAGUAGAGAUUACACCAUCCCAGAUGCAAGUUUGAUUGCAGCACAAGCUCCUGGCCUUCACACUGCUCCUACAAUGUGGCAGAAUCCUCAGGCUGGCUCAAUGUACACUGGGAAUAACUAUGCUACCACUGCUGCUGUUCCAGUUCAAGUUCCUCCUGGGCAAGUGCCAGCUUGGGAUCCAACCAUGCAGGCAAGUGGACAAGGCUAUGCAUCAGUUCCUGGCACUUAUCCUGGUCAAACAUAUCCAACACCUCCAGUGUCUGCUUAUGCUACUGCUGCAAUACAUGCAGGCCCCUCUCCCCGUUCACAUAGCAGCCCAAUUUCUCAUAGUGUGGCUUCUAUGGCAAUGAGCCACCCAGGGAUGCAGUCAAACUUGCGACCUAGUGGUGCUUCACCUCCUGGUCAGCCUCCAUAUUAUGGUUGAUGAUGAUGUAUUCUCCUUGUUUAAACAUUUUUUGUUUUUGCCUUUCCAGCAUUCGAUUCUGGUAAUGAUGAUAAUCUUUGAUAUGCUGUCGGUUCACCUA